AGUAAGUUGAACGACGAGAACGUUUCACUUAAUCUCUCUCGCUCACAUUCAUAUUCACAUCAAACGACAGUCUUCUUUCUUCUAUCUGUCUAUCUGAUACUACUAACUACGUCUAAUUCAUAGAUAAGUCAUUGAUAGGAAGCCAUUGAUAAUCCGCAGCUGAUUGAUUAACACCUCGCUACUGUGACGGGCGCCCAAGCACCCACGGGGAGAAUUAUUCUUCCGGGUUUUUUUUUAAAAGUUGACAUCGUCAGGAGCACUAUAUACUAUCAGCUCAAUAACUCGACGGCCCAACCGAAGCAAACAGCCAUGUGUACGAUGUUUUACACGCCACAUACCUGUGGAUGCCAGAAGGACUCAAAGUUUGUGCAAUGCGAGGCACGUCAAGGCACGAACGUUCGUUGUUCCCUGUACGCUAGGGAACAACUGAGCCUGGUAGGAAACUACUGCGAGAAUCAUCUUGUGAAAGACACUGCACCUCUACAAAUGCGUCAGUGAAUGAAGAACUGGAAAAGCUAGCUAGUAAUAGUAUCAAAGUAGUGCUAGUACUAGCCUCAAGUUACAUGUUACUCCAACGAUACGUGCACUCUAUUGUAAAGUUGAAAUUAAGCAAAGCUGUUCCGUGAAGGUUCCUGUAUUGUACCUAGAUCUCCCUAUACCCCCCGACAAUCUCCCUGACUCAGUCAACAUGCCCUC